CCUCGCCCGCCGCCGGAACUACGCGUCUUCGGCGGAGCCCAGGCAGCUGCGGAGCCAAGUAGCACCUUCCCAGCCCGCGCGAUGCUGCGCGCUCUGGGGCUCCUGCGCCCUUGGAGGCCCCUUGGGGUCCGCGCCUGCACCUCCGAUGGGACUUCAGGGGGCCAUGAAAUCCAAGUGCGCGCCCUGGCGGGUCCCGACCAAGGAAUCACUGAGAUUCUGAUGAACAGACCCCAUGCCCGCAAUGCCCUGGGAAACAUCUUCGUCAGCGAGAUGCUGGAUGCUCUGGCCCGGCUACAGGAGGACCAGAAAGUGCGUGUCCUGCUCUUCAGAAGUGGAGUGAAGGGUGUGUUCUGUGCAGGUGCAGACCUGAAGGAGCGGGAGCAGAUGAGUGCAGCAGAGGUGGGGGUCUUUGUCCAGCGACUCCGAGGCUUGAUGAAUGACAUUGCAGCCUUCCCAGCACCCACCAUUGCAGCUAUGGAUGGGUUUGCCUUGGGCGGGGGCCUGGAGCUUGCCCUGGCCUGUGACCUUCGAGUGGCAGCUUCCUCUGCGAUCAUGGGACUGAUUGAGACAACUCGAGGGCUCCUCCCAGGGGCAGGAGGGACUCAGAGGCUGCCCCGCUGCUUGGGGGUGGCCCUGGCGAAGGAGCUCAUCUUCACAGGCCGACGUCUGAGUGGCGUACAGGCCCACACACUGGGACUAGUGAAUCACACCGUGGACCAGAACAAGGAAGGUGAUGCUGCCUACCAUCGGGCACUAGCACUGGCUCAGGAGAUUCUACCCCAGGCCCCCAUUGCUGUGCGGCUAGGCAAGGUAGCCAUUGACCGAGGAAUGGAGGUGGACAUCACAUCAGGGAUGGCCAUUGAAGGGAUGUGUUAUGCCCAGAAUAUCCCAACCCAGGACCGGCUGGAGGGCAUGGCAGCCUUCAGGGAGAAAAGGCCCCCAGAGUUUGUUGGCAAAUGACAUUUAACCUUAAGUAUAGGACAUGCAUGCCUUGAGCAAGAUCCAGAUGGAAAGUUUGCAGCAGGAUGACCCUCAUCACUUCACCUCUUUGGCCUUCAGUUUCUUCACAAGGAUGAUGAUGGACAUAAAAUGGCUAGGGUUGUGCCUGAUACCAAGGUGCUAAUCACGUGUCUACUGCCACUUUCCUUAUUACUCACAUUGGCUACAUAAUGAUUAGUAUCGGAUUUACUUUGGAGAAUCCCUGGCUUUCAGUGAUCAGGUAAUUACUAGAGUCAGCAAGGGGUUUUAAGAAGGCCCUCGUUUUUUCCUCUGGAAAAGAAAGAAUAAAUAAAUCCUAGUAUUGAUUGAACACUGUAUCAGGAGUUAGACUGCCAAUUCCAGCUUGGACACUUUCUUGCUAUAUGACCUUGGACAAACCAUUUAGCCUCUAUAGGCUUCAGCUUCCUUUUCUAUAAAAUGAAUCUGUUGUGAAGAUUUAAAAACCCUCAUGUUCAGGGCUGGGAUUGUGGCUCAGUGGCACUUGCCUAGCAUGUGUGGGGCACUGGGUUCAAUUCUCAGCACCACAGAAAAAUAAAUAAAAAUAAAGGUACUGUUGUCUA